AUGGCCCAUGCAGCUGCUCACCUAAAGAAAGCCAGAGAGCUUGAGCAGCACCCUGAGUACAAAGCUCUUCAGAAGGCCAGAGACAAAAGGAGGCGCCAGCGAGAGAGGCUAGAGCGAAAACGACAGUCUGACAGCAACACCAGUUUUCUCCGUGCAGCCCGAGCAGGGAAUGUUAACAAAGUGCUGGAAUUUUUGAAAAAUGGUAUUGACAUCUGCACAUGUAACCAGAAUGGAUUAAAUGCUCUACACCUGGCAGCAAAAGAGGGACACACAGAUUUAGUAGAAGAGCUGUUGGACAGAGGAGCUCAGGUUGACUCUUCCACAAAGAAAGGGAACACUGCACUCCACAUUGCCUCUUUAGCUGGACAAAAAGCAGUGGUGAGGCUCUUGGUCAAAAGAGGAGCCAAUGUUAACUCUCAGUCACAGAAUGGCUUCACUCCACUCUACAUGGCAGCGCAGGAAAAUCAUUUAGAAGUGGUGAGAUAUUUGCUGGAAAAUGAUGGAAACCAAAGCACAGCGACUGAGGAUGGCUUCACUCCGCUGGCCAUUGCUCUGCAGCAGGGGCAUAACGCUGUGGUGUCUCUUCUGUUGGAGCACGACACAAAGGGGAAGGUCCGUCUGCCGGCGUUACACAUCGCAGCUCGCAAAGACGACACCAAGUCAGCCGCUCUCCUGCUCCAGAAUGACCACAACGCUGAUGUCCAGUCCAAGAUGAUGGUCAAUAGAACCACAGAGAGUGGUUUUACUCCUCUGCACAUCGCCGCUCACUACGGUAAUGUGAAUGUCUCCACCUUGUUGCUGAACAGAGGAGCUGCUGUGGACUUCACAGCCCGGAAUGGAAUUACCCCUCUCCAUGUGGCUUCAAAACGUGGGAACACAAAUAUGGUGGCUUUACUGCUGGACCGAGGGGCUCAAAUUGAUGCCAAAACUAGAGAUGGCCUGACACCACUUCACUGUGCAGCAAGAAGUGGGCAUGACCAAGCCGUGGAGAUCCUUUUAGAGAGAGGAGCGCCCAUCCUUGCAAGAACCAAGAAUGGGCUGUCUCCUCUUCACAUGUCAGCCCAGGGAGACCACAUAGAGUGCGUGAAGCUUCUGCUGCAACACAAGGCGCCUGUUGAUGAUGUCACACUGGACUACCUCACAGCACUGCACGUAGCCGCACACUGUGGCCACUACAGAGUCACCAAGCUCCUGCUGGACAAGAAGGCCAAUCCUAAUGCACGAGCUUUGAAUGGUUUCACUCCUCUUCACAUUGCUUGUAAGAAAAACAGAGUCAAAGUGAUGGAGCUGUUGGUCAAAUAUGGGGCCUCCAUACAGGCAAUAACCGAGUCUGGUUUGACUCCGAUUCAUGUAGCUGCCUUCAUGGGCCACCUCAAUAUUGUUCUGCUUCUGCUGCAAAAUGGAGCUUCACCCGAUAUCCGUAACAUUCGUGGUGAAACUGCACUUCAUAUGGCAGCACGAGCCGGUCAAAUGGAAGUUGUUCGUUGUUUGCUCAGGAAUGGUGCAUUUGUAGAUGCUAUGGCCAGGGAGGACCAAACUCCCCUGCACAUUGCCUCUCGUUUAGGAAAAACAGACAUUGUGCAGCUCCUGUUGCAGCACAUGGCUCAUCCAGAUGCUGCCACCACCAACGGUUACACUCCUCUCCACAUUUCAGCCCGAGAGGGGCAGGUGGAGACUGCAGCUGUGCUCCUGGAGGCUGGGGCCUCACACUCUCUUGCCACUAAGAAAGGAUUUACCCCUUUACAUGUAGCAGCUAAAUAUGGAAGCCUAGAUGUAGCAAAAAUGCUUCUUCAAAAGAAAGCUCUCCCUGAUGACGUAGGAAAGAAUGGUCUAUCCCCACUUCAUGUGGCUGCCCAUUAUGACAACCAGGAAGUGGCUCUGCUGCUACUUGAUAAAGGUGCAUCUCCUCACGCCACUGCAAAGAAUGGCUACACCCCUCUGCACAUUGCUGCUAAAAAGAACCAAAUCAAUCUAGCACUUUCCCUGCUGCAGUAUGGAGCAGAGACCAAUGCACUAACGAAACAGGGCGUCAGUCCUUUACACCUCGCAGCUCAGGAAGGACACGCUGAAAUGGCCACUCUGCUGCUGGGCAAAGGAGCACAUGUCAAUGCAGCAACCAAGACUGGCUUGACUCCUCUACAUCUCACGGCCCAAGAGGACAGAGUAAAUGCAGCUGAAGUACUGGCUAAGCAUGAUGCUAACUUAGAUCAGCAAACAAAGCUUGGGUAUACUCCUCUUAUUGUGGCUUGCCAUUAUGGAAACGCCAAGAUGGUGAGCUUUCUGUUGCAACAAGGAGCCAAUGUCAAUGCCAAAACAAAGAAUGGAUACUCACCUCUCCACCAGGCAGCACAGCAGGGGAACACACAUAUCAUAAAUGUUUUGUUGCAACAUGGGGCCAAACCGAAUGCUACAACAGUGAAUGGUAACACUGCUUUGUCCAUUGCCAAACGCCUGGGUUACAUCUCUGUGGUUGAUACCCUGAAAGUGGUGACAGAGGAGGUCAUCACUACCACAACAACUGUAACAGAGAAACACAAGCUGAAUGUGCCAGAGACUAUGACAGAAGACUUAGAUGUGUCAGAUGAAGAGGCUUUUAGGCUUGAUGAUGAGACUUUAACUGACGGAUCUGUAGAAGUGGAAGGUGAGGAUACAAUGACUGGUGAUGGAGGAGAAUAUCUGAGAGCAGAAGAUCUCAGGGAGCUGGGAGACGAUUCUUUACCAGGACAUUAUUUGGACGGGUUCAGCUACAUGAGUCACAACUUGGACAGCUUCCAUCAGAAAGAAGGAGUUCUCAUUGAAGAUAUGAUUUCAAGCCACCAAGUAUCAGCUCUAUCAAGAGAAGACAAAGAAUCAUUUCGUCUGAGCUGGGGGGCUGAACACCUUGAUAAUGUGGUGCUGUCUUCCACACUGCUGCACUCAGGCUUCCUUGUCAGUUUUAUGGUUGAUGCCAGAGGUGGAGCCAUGCGUGGUUGCCGUCACAAUGGGCUUCGUAUUAUUGUCCCACCAAGGAAGUGUUCAGCCCCCACAAGAGUGACAUGCAGACUGGUCAAGAGACACCGCCUCGCCUCCAUGCCUCCAAUGGUGGAGGGAGAGGGUCUGGCUGGUCGUAUAAUUGAAGUGGGACCCACUGGAGCUCAAUUCUUGGGUAAACUGCAUCUGCCCACUGCUCCACCCCCCCUUAAUGAGGGUGAGAGUCUGGUCAGUCGCAUCCUUCAGCUGGGUCCUCCAGGGACCAAGUUCCUCGGGCCUGUGAUUGUAGAGAUCCCCCAUUUUGCAGCACUGCGCGGGACAGAGCGAGAGCUUGUCAUCUUGAGGAGUGAGACAGGAGAAAACUGGAGGGAACACCACUGUGAUUUCACUGAGGAGGAACUAAACCAGAUACUUAAUGGCAUGGAUGAAAAGCUUGAUUCACCUGAAGAGCUUGAGAAGAAACGAAUAUGCCGUAUCAUCACACGAGACUUUCCCCAGUAUUUUGCAGUGGUGUCGCGUAUAAAGCAAGACAGCCAUCUGAUUGGUCCAGAGGGAGGGGUCCUCAGCAGCACUCUGGUGCCUCAGGUCCAGGCUGUGUUCCCUGAAGGAGCACUCACCAAAAAGAUACGUGUGGGUCUGCAGGCUCAGCCAAUUGAUGUUGACACAGUGAGAAAAUGCCUUGGUAAUAAAGCAAUAUUUAGUCCAAUUGUAACAUUAGAGCCAAGGCGAAGAAAGUUCCACAAACCUAUUACAAUGACAAUCCCCAUUCCCAAGCACUCCAACAGUGAGGAUCAAAACCCAGCCUUCAGUGGAGAAACACCAACUUUAAGAUUACUUUGCAGUAUUACUGGUGGAACAACUCCAGCUCAGUGGGAGGACAUUACAGGAUCUACGCCUCUAACUUUUGUUAACCAAUGUGUUUCCUUUACCACCAAUGUAUCAGCAAGGUUCUGGCUUAUUGACUGCAGACAAACUCAAGAAUCAGUCAGCUUCGGCACGCAGCUUUACAGAGAGAUCAUUUGUGUGCCGUACAUGGCCAAGUUUGUUAUCUUCGCCAAGACAUUAGACCCGAUUGAGGCCCGACUGCGCUGCUUUUGUAUGACUGACGACAAGAUGGACAAGACCCUGGAGCAGCAAGAGAACUUCACAGAGGUUGCACGCAGCAGAGAUGUUGAGGUACUGGAGGGAAAACCUAUCUUUGCUGACUGCUUUGGAAACCUAGUUCCUCUGACCAAGAGUGGACAGCAUCAUGUUUUCAGCUUCUUCGCCUUCAAGGAGAACAGACUAGCCCUCUUCAUAAAAAUUCGAGACACUUCUCAAGAGCCAUGUGGACGUCUGUCUUUUACAAAGGAACCACGCACCUAUCGCAGUCUUAAUCACAACGCUAUUUGCAACCUCAAUAUCACCUUACCAACAUAUUCAAAGGAAUCUGAUUCAGACCAAGAUGCAGAUGAUGAGAUAGAUCCUACCAAAGAGCAGAACUGGCAGGAUGAUGCUGACAGAAAAGAGGAGACUUUGACAAUCAUCGCAGAUCUUCUUGGCUUCAGCUGGACUGAGCUUGCAAGAGAACUUGAAUUUAGUGAGGAUGACAUACAAGUCAUUAGAACAGAAAAUCCCAAUUCACUUCAGGAACAGAGCCAUGCCUUGCUUCAGCGAUGGGUUGAAAGGGAAGGAAAACAUGCUACUGAGGAUUGCUUGGUAAAAAGACUAACAAAGAUCAACCGCAUGGACAUAGUACAUCUUAUUGAAACUCAAAUGAACAAGUCAGUAGUUGAACAAACAUCAAGGACUUAUGCAGAGAUUGAGAAGACACUUGAUCACAGCGAAGUGUCAGUAGCCCUCUCUUCCGUGCAAGAAGAUGUAGAUAGUCCCCGAGUUGUAAGAAAGGUUGAAGGUGGGGAGCGCAGACCACCUCCAGCUGUUUCUGAAGAGGACCUUUCAGUUGCAUCCUUGUUGGAUAUUCCAUCCUGGGCAGAGCCUGUCGAACACACUCAUUCAGAAAGCAUACAUGAUCUUCUGGAGGAGCUUGAGAUUCCACAAGAAUUGAAUCCCAACCUUUGGAAUCCUGAUGACGUUAAUAUACAAGAGCCAACGAGUUAUAUUCUAGAGGAUGAGCAAGUAAGUACACUUCCAGCAUUAAAAGAAGCUGAAGUGGAAAACCAAGUGGAAAAUAAUGCUAAAUGCAAAGUGAAAAAUCCACGCUGUUCCAAGACUGGGAAAGCUUCCAAAGGUUUUCUGUGUGAAAGCCAAAAUUACAUGGAACAGACUCUCCCAUUUGAACAUUUUGGUAUCACAUUGGAUCACAGCAAACAGCUUGACGGUGUGAAUAUUCCACCAUCAAUAACAAUUAAAGACUUUGGUCCAAGUCUUUUAGAGUCAGAGCAGGCUGAGUGUGAUUUCGAUGAUAUUUGUAACAACACGAGGUCUAUAAUGACUCUCCACAGUGCAAAUGUUGCACAUUCCUGUGACCGACAAGCACCCUUGGCUGUGAUUGAAGAUGAAAUCAUUGUAGGAACACUGGCAUCUCAGAGACAAACUCUUACUGUUGCUGACUCUUACCUCCAACAAGAGGCAGUGCUCAAAUUAGAGACUCUAGAGACUAUAUGGAUAAACCUACUGACACUGACUGCUUUAGCUCAUCACCACCCGAGACAACCUGUUGCUUUAGUAGAAAUAUUUGGAAAACCAAAUGCUUUGGCACUGCCUACAUGGUGA